AUGUUACCCCUUCACGGCUCUGAUCGCGACUGGCUAGACCCCCCGCCUGCAUCUUCUAAGGGUCGUUGGCUCUCACGUUUCGCUGCUGGCUCAGCCCUCUUUCUGUCGGUGCACGCUCUCUUGAAACUAUACAGCCACGCCACGACUGUGGUUACACCACCUCCCUACCAAGCCCCUAGUAUACCAAACGAGCCCGCCUACCCUCCGACGUACUCCGACUACCAUCGGGCCGAGUUGCAGUUACCGCAGCAUCACUGGGACCAAACACACCCUGCAGGCGGUGAGAAGUUCUUCUUCGUCGCCGGACACACGAAAGGGCUUGGGUGGGGAAACGCUCUGCAAGAGCACUUGCUGAAUGCGUACCUGGCGUAUGUUUCUAAUCGAAUACUGGUGUUUGAGAACUACACUUGGGCGGAUGAUGGGUCCCUCUACUCGGAAUGGAAUGGGAAGUUGAUCCCAUCUCAAAUACCCUACUCGGCCUUGGUGCGAGGUCCCACUGUGGGUGAACCUCUGGCGUCAGGCGUGUUUGCACCAUUGGCGGUGAGCAGAGAGUACUUCAACCACCUCUGCCCUCACAAGACCACGCUGCGCCGAAAUCAAGUUCACUCGAGACUCCCUGCCCCCGCCUCCGCGUUUGACAUCACCGAGAGGUGGAUGUCCGUGUUAAAGGCCACAGAAGACCCCUGCGUCGAGUCAGCUUCUGGCGACUCCGACCCUAUAUUCACACAUACUAAUGUCUUCGGAAUUCGUGAAUCAUUACGCGACCUCUGGCCUUCCCUCGCCGCGUCCCCCAUCAUAACCGAAUUCGGCUGGUCCCGCCUCGUUGAGCUCGCGUUCGAUACAAAUCGCGGCUUGCUCGUUCCCCACGCGUCGCAUAUGGAUCCCCUCCUGACCAGCACACACUUUACGACCAACGCCGAGCGCUACACGCCCAUACCAGGGCUCAUGGCGAUCCACGUGCGACGCGGGGACUACGCGGAGCACUGCAACCUGCUCGCGAGCAUGUACGAGGACUUCGUGAGCGUGAACGCGUUCCCAUACUUCCCGGACACCUUCACGGUCCCGUCCCGGAGCGCGGUGUCGACAAGCGCGGUCGACAACGAGGAGCACUACAGGCAGCGGUGCUUCCCGUCCGUGGCGGAGAUCGUGGAGAAGAUCGCGCGGGUGCGCGCGACGCCCGAGGGGCGCGACGUGCGCAAGCUGUACAUCAUGACGAACGGGAACCAGGCGUUCAUCAACGAGCUGAAGACGGCGGUGUGGGCGCUGGGCGCGUGGGACGCGGUGUCGAGCAGCCGCGACAUGGUCCUCAACUGGGAGCAGAAGUACGUUGCCCAGGCGGUGGACAUGCUCAUCGCGCAGCGAGCGCAAGUGUUUAUCGGGAACGGGUUUUCGACGUUGACUUCGGGCGCAGUAAUGAUGCGGCUGGCGAACGAGUUUCCUGCGGACAGUACUCGCUUCUGGUAG